AUGGCCACACCCUCCACCAUGGUCUCGGCACCCGCAGGCGCGUCGCCUGCAGACGACAUCUCCCCAGCGCUCCUGCCCGUCGUCGCCCUCCUGUCCUCGACGUUGACCUACCUCACCAACUGGUUCAACUCGAUCCCCGGAUCCCCCAUUCUCCUCCGCUACAUCAGGAGCUCGUACCAGAACGACCCAUGGCGCUCGCUCCUCGAGGUGCUGCUGGUCGCGUUCGCCCUGCGUACCCUCCUUGCACGCCGUACCCGUGGUGAGGGCGAGGGCAAGGGUCUUCGUCUGUCCGAAAAGGAGAUUGACGAGCUCGUCGAUGACUGGCAGCCCGUGCCGCUCGUGGGUCCCAUGUCGGACCUCGAGAAGAGGACGCUCGAGUCAGUUCCCGUUAUCUAUGGCCAGAACGGCGCACAUGCCCGCGUCGCUCCCGGCGGCAAGCCCGUGCUCAACCUUGCCGUCUACGACUGGCUUGGCUUUGUGGAGAAUGACGAGAUCAAGAACGUGGCCAUUGACACCCUGCACGAGUACGGUGUGGGCUCGUGUGGCCCCAUGGGCUUUUACGGUACCAUUGACGUGCACACGACCUUUGAGCAGGACGUGGCCGAGUUUCUCAACGUCGAGUCGGCCAUCAUUUACGCCCAGGGCUUUUCGGCUGUCUCUUCUGCUAUCCCGGCCUUUGCCAAGCGCGGUGACAUUAUCGUCGCGGACCGCGGUGUCAACUUUGCCAUCCACAAGGGUCUCCAGCUGGCCCGCUGCACUGUCCGCUGGUACGCGCACGGCGACAUGAAGGACCUCGAGCGCGUUCUUGCGUCGGUCGACCGCGAGAUUCGUCGCAAGGGCGGCAGGCUCACGCGCCGCUUCAUUGUCACCGAGGGUAUCUUUGAGAAUGACGGCAUGAUGUCGGACCUGCCCAAGAUUUGCGAGCUCAAGAAAAAGUACAAGUACCGCCUUGUCCUCGACGAGUCCAUGUCGUUUGGCAUGGUUGGCGCCCACGGUCGCGGUCUGACCGAGCACUAUGGUGUCCCGGCCGAAGAGGUCGAGAUCCUUAUCGGUUCCAUGGCCAACGCCCUGGGUGCCGGUGGUGGUUUCUGCGCCGGCUCGCAGCACGUUACCGCCCACCAGCGUAUCAACUCUGGUGCCUCGGUCUUUUCGGCUGCCAUCCCCGCCAUGCACGCUACCGUCUCGUCUGCCGCCGUCAAGAUGAUGCAGUCGCAGCCAUACCUCCUCACCAACCUCCGUGCCAACGUCCUCACUUUCCGCCAGCAGCUCGUCAAGCUUGAGCCUUCGCCCAACCUGAUCGCCCCUUCGUCCCCCAACGGCGGUGCCGAAACCCCCUUCACAAACAACAAGGACGCCCUCAUCUCCAUUCCAUCCCACCCAGACUCGGGUCUCAUUCACAUCUUCCUCGUCAACCCUCCCGACACGCUCGAGGAGGAGGAGAAUGUGCUCCAGGAGAUUGUCGACGAGUGCCUGGCCAACGGCGUCAUCAUUACCCGUGCCCGCCGUCUCCGCGGCCAAGAGUCGGUCGAGCCCGAGCCCAGCCUCAAGGUCUGCGUCAGCGCAAUGUUCAGCCGCAAGGAGACUGAAAAGGCCGGCAAGACGCUGCGCGACGCCAUCGUCAAGGUCUGCAGCAAGCGGCGAUAG